CAAAUCACUAACAUUCUUGAAUCUGUUUCAGAUAACGCCGAUUGCACGACAGACGACGGCGAUUGUUAAUGCAUUUUUUUUUAUUUUUUUUUUAAACCCACGAAGCAUGCCCUACAGCGCGAACACGACUCGCUGUUGCAUUAAAAUGCAUUAAAACCACGUUUGACCCAGUGAUUAAUAACGCUAAUAAAUGCGAGCGCUUCCAGAUGCGCCUCAGUCGUCCUCAGCGCGCGCGGGGCACGCGCACUGCUCUCCUCCUCCAGCGCUGUCAAACCGAAUCACGUCCGUCGCCGCAGCACGCUCGCCGCUCGUAUCCGCGCGCGCAGGUCGGCUUCUCCGUGUUCCAGCGUCCGCUCCCAUCUCCAUGGCCACAUCAGAUGCAUCGGAAGAUUGCGUUGUGCAGAGAGGAAGAUCUCAGAGCGACCCGAGCAUCCUCGCCGACACUCGCGUCGCUUACACGAACAGCGCAGAUGUGAUGGAUCAGCACCGAGCGCUUCACCCUGGGUGUCUGGUGUCAGGGGUCCGAACUCCCCCCAUCCGCCGCAACAGCAAACUGGCCAGCCUGGGACGCAUCUUCAAGCCCUGGAAGUGGAGGAAAAAGAAAAACGAAAAACUGAGACAGGGCUCUACAGGGCUGGAGAGGAAAGCGCCCAGCAGGCAGAAUCGAGACGAUCUCGUCAGGAAAGGGCCGGCAGAGGUUGGCAUGGAGGCGUGUGGCGUGGGUCCAGACGAGGCCGGAGAUCCCGCGCUGGACGAGUCCGACGGAGACGAGUGUGAAGACGAGCCCAUGGCACCGCUGGCCAGCAACACCGAGGACCUGGGGUCAGACGAGGACAAUCUGUCUGCAGCGCGAGACGCCACAGAGACGAUAGACACAGAAGGGGAACUCGAACAAAGUGAGGACGAGGAGAAGCCCUGCGUCGACGCCGCGAGCAGAGGGGCCAGCGCGGGGCCCCCGGAGGCCCCCGAGUGUCAUGAGCAGAAAAAAGAGGAGGCGGCGCUCAGAGAAAUCCACACUCCUCCGGCCAGACUUCCUGUGAAGCUGCUCACCAGACUGGGCAGCCUCGACAGCACCCACUCGAACCCGAGCCGGCCCGCUCCGGCCACGCUGCCCAGGAACUUCACCCUGCCCAAAGACGCCCUGCGGGGCCGCAUCUCGACCCCCACGGGCUCCCCUCACUUAGGCCUGAUGCACCCUCAGCUGCCCCCUAGCUGUAUCAUCGAGGAACUGCAUCGCGCUCUGGCCUCCAAACACCGGCAGGACAGUUUCCACGGUAAGGAGAUCCGUAGCUCUCCCAGGCGGCGCUCGGACGGCCGUCUGUCCCGCACCGCCAGCACUGAGAAUGAGCCGAGCGAAGAGGUGCAGAACAAGAAGGAGGCGGAAGAGAACAAGGAGAACAUGCGUCUGGACGAAUACUACAGCGACCAGGACAGCUGGAACGAGUCCGUCAUCUCCGGCACAUUGCCAAGGAGGAUGAGGAAGGAGCUGCUGGCCGUGAAGCUUCGGAACCGUCCCAGCAAACAGGAGCUGGAGGACAGGAACAUUUUUCCUGCGCGGAGUGACCAGGAGAGACAGGAGAUCCGUCAGCAGAUUGAAAUGAAGCUCGCCAAGAGACUCAGUCAGCGGCCGGCCGUUGAAGAGCUGGAGAGCAGAAACAUUCUGAAACAGAGGAACGAUCAGACGGAGCAGGAGGAAAGAAGAGAGAUCAAACAGAGACUCAACAGAAAGCUCAACCAGAGGCCGACAGUCGAUGAGCUAAGAGAGAGAAAGAUUCUGAUCCGCUUCAGUGACUACGUGGAGGUGGCCAAAGCCCAGGACUACGACAGGAGAGCCGACAAACCCUGGACAAGACUGUCCGCGGCUGACAAGGCGGCCAUCCGUAAAGAGCUGAACGAGUUCAAAAGCACCGAGAUGGAGGUCCACGCUUCGAGCAAACACCUAACGAGGUUUCACAGGCCCUAAGAGGGGGUUUUCUUCUGUGAAGAAAAUGCUGAGAGCGGCGUUCGUUGAAAUCCUGGAGGAGCCUCUUCCAGAGCCAUGGCUUCGACCAUGGGAUUCCCUUAUUCUUCCAGCGCCCGGGGCCGAGAGGUGCGUGGGAAGGGUUAGCGCUGGGGGCUGCGUCUCCACCGCGGGCGGCCACAGGAGAAACCUGAAGAACAUCUGCGGACACAUUUAACCUGGGGCUGACAGAGUGGAGCGGCGGAGGACUUUUGAUGUUUUUAUAACCGGACUGCAUUUCAGUGACCGCUAAGAAAAGACGAAUCAGUUUCGGGGUAAAUGUUUGUGUACAUGUAACCAGCUCCACUCUGAAAAAAAAAAGUAAAAAAAAAAAAAAAACAAGAUAAAAAGAAAAAAAAUACAAAAUACUUGAGGGUUAAUAAGCCUGCUAUAAAUGAAUUUCAUAUUUACUGUACAAAAGUCAGUUUGAACAGGGUUGUUCAUGUCAUCACUUGAAAAAAAAACAAACAAACAAAAAAAAAAACUUUGUAAGCACUACUUGUCUUCAAAAUACAAUUUUGGAAAUA